GCGCGGAUCGGCUAGGGUUCCGGCGACGAUGGCCACCGCGGCGGCGCGGCGGCGGCAGGAGAUGGCGGCGGAGGGGCAGCGCCACCUCGAGGAGACCAUCGCCGCCGCGUUCCAGAUCCUCUCAUCCAUGAACGACGAGCUCUGCAACCCGUCGCUCUGGUCCUCCUCCUCCCACUCCCCCGCCGCCGCUGGCGGCGGGCUACACCACCACCACAACCACGCUGGCCCCCCUCCGCCGCUGCACUCCGCGGACUCCGACGCCCCCGACGCCGCCGGGGGUGGGCCCGGUGGCGCGCCGGGCUCCGGCGGGUCGCUCGACGAGGCCAGGCACCGGUACAAGGUCGCCGUCUCGGCGCUCCGCGCGUCCAUCGCCGCCGUGUCGUCGUGUGCCCAGGAGAUGGGAUCGACAGAACACAGUGCUGAUCAAGCUGAGAUUGAGAGAUUGGAAGAACAUGCAUCUUCUUUGAGAAAGGAAAUUGAAAGCAAAAACAAGCAUGUAAAGCUUCUCAUAGACCAACUCCGUGAUUUAAUAUCGGACAUAUCAAUGUGGCAGAGUCCUUGUUCAGUGUGAAAUGCCAUUAUUACUACCUUAGGAAUCCAAAAUCACAGCAAGAAGUAUGUCAAUGCAAAACUGUAUCAGCUGGCCUCCUCGAAAGAGAACAGAAGGAAUACAAUCGGAUUGCAAAAUACAAUAUUGUAAUGUUUUUUUCUUUCAAAGGAUUCAAAAGGCUGAUUAUGAGCAAUGAUAAACAUGUGCUAACUGAAACAAACAUCUGGUGCAUAUUGCCCACCAAUUUGCUUUGCUAUAGGACUAGAUAAGGAUCUUAUUUCCCUGGACGCUGAACCUGUACUGAUGUAGGCUUUUUGGUGACCAUGAUUUCUGUUCUUUUUUUUUUUGGUUCUCCAAUUCGUGUCCUUACCUGCAAUGUAAGUUCUUCUGUUACACUGGAAAAAAAAACUAAUUCUUAGAGCAAGUAUAAUAGCAUGCUACAAGCUGGCUAAAUGCUUACGUGGAGGAGGGAGGGAAAGAGAGUAGUGGACUGUAAUUUUAUAGUCAGCUUGGACAUAAGAACCAAUUAAUUAUAUGAGAGUGACA